GUACAUUUUACAACAUGAGUGUGCAGUCUUGAGAUGCACCCUAAUCUAGGCUGUUGUGAUUUUGUGCAGACCUACAGCAAUGAACCGAGUCAAGCUUGAGAAGAUGGGUGUUACACACAUCCUGAACGCUAUGGCAAGUAGGGAAGAUCUUGAAGGAGAGAUCAAUACAAGAGAGGAAUAUUACAGUGACAUGAACAUCACUUACUGUGGUGUGGCUGCACUGGACGUGAGCUGGUUUGACAUCAGCAAGUACUUUUUCCCAGCUGCAGAAUUCAUCCAUCAGGCCCUGAGUAAACCAGAGAAUAAGGUGCUGGUCCACUGCCGUCAAGGUGUCAGCCGCUCCUCAACACUUUUUCUGGCAUAUCUGAUGAUCCACCAUGACAUGACGGUGGAGGACGCCAUUGAUCGCGUGAUACGCAAAAGACAGAUUCAACCCAACAUAGGCUUUUUGAAUCAGCUGACACUCCUCAAUUUAAACCUCCUGAGGCAGCGAAAACUACAGUCAAGAAAGGAGUUCAACAUAGAAAACAUAGCGAUGCUUGUUCCAGUAUCAGAAUCUCAAGUGACGUUAAAAAAGCACAUUGGUCGUAUCAUGAUCCACGUGAUGCAACUCCUGCAGAAAUGCACACUGGACUGGACUCCAGUCACUGAGGUCUGGCCCAAUGUCUUCAUAGCAAAUGAAAAGGCAGCAAUGGACCGAGUCAGACUGAAGGAGAUGGGUGUUACUCACAUCCUGAACGCUGCAGCUGUAAAGAAGAGCCUGAAGGUGUUGUUAGGAAAGCCAAGCAAGGAAGACCUGCUAGAAAAGGUCAAUACUGGGGCAAAAUAUUACAAAGGCAUGAACAUCACUUACUACGGUGUGCCUGUAAUGGACGACCACUUGUUUGACAUCAGCAAGUACUUCUUCCCAGCUGCCAAAUUCAUCCACAAGGCCCUGAGUAAACCAAAGAAUAAGGUGUUACUGCAUUGCUCAGAUGGCGUCAGAUGCUCUCCAGCACUUUUCUGGUCGCGGGGGCAGCAGUCUAAGCAGAGACGCCCAGACUUCCCUCUCCCCAGACACUUCCUCCAGCUCUUCCGGCGGAACACCGAGGCGUUCCCAGGCCAGCCGAGAGACAUAAUCCCUCCAGCGUGUCCUGGGUCUUCCCCGGGGCCUCCUCCCGGUGGGACAUGCCCGGAACACCUCCCCAGGGAGGCGUCCAGGAGGCAUCCGGAACAGAUGCCCGAGCCACCUCAACUGGCCUCUCUCGAUGUGAAGGAGCAGCGGUAUAAAAUACACCUGUCCACAACCUCAAACAGUCACACUCCAAACUCCACUAUGGCCAAGACCAGAGAGCUGUCAAAGGACACCAGAAACAAAAUUGUAGACCUGCACCAGGCUGGGAAGACUGAAUCUGCAAUAGGUAAGCAGCUUGGUGUGAAGAAAUCAACUGUGGGAGCAAUUAUUAGAAAAUGGAAGAAAUACAAGACCACUGAUAAUCUCCCUCGAUCUGGGGCUCCACGCAAGAUCUGA